AUGGAGACUCAACAACCAAAGCCCGACUCUUCGAGCGAAUCUUCUCUUCUGGUGAAGCUCAUCCACUGGCACAAGCUUUUCGAAUCCGACACUCCUCCGCGGCUGGGCAUCGAAGUUGACAAGCGCUUACCCUAUGCUUUCAUCUCUGCAUUCACCACCGGAAUGGCCUUGGGAUACUAUCAUGGGAGCAACAAGGCGGGCCUUGUCUUCCGAGCAGAGAACGCCCAUCGGUUCCCUACGACCUCAACAGGUUGGUUCCAGUACCACAAGACCAAGAACUACAUUUCUGUUGUGGGCGGCGUGAAGGAUGGUUUCAAGAUGGGAUCAAAGCUAGGGGCAGGGGCACUUGCAUUCUGUCUGUUUGAGGAGACAGUUGACUAUGCCCGGCAUGAUGAGAGGGACUUUUUGUCCACUGUCACAGCAGGAUUGUCCUGCUCGGGAAUCUACAGUUUAUUGGGUAAGACCUGGGCUGAAGAGCCCUUUGUGAGCCAAAGCGCCAACAAAAAGACUAACUUGAUUCUCUUCUAUUCAGCCCGUCACGAUGUCUAUACUGCCGCCCGAACUGCAAAGCUUGGAUUGAAAAUGAGCUUGGUCUACGGCCUAUUACAAGACGCCCUGGAAUCGAUGAAGGGCAACCACCCAGCCUACGUCGACUUUCUUUUGGGCAAUCGCCGGUCCAAAGCGGCGAAAGAAGGAUCGGUUUGA